AUGAAGGAAGGAAGAGGUGAGAACUUGCAAAUUCUGUGCUCUCGUAAGCUCAACCCCAAACCCAUCUACACCACAGGACAAGUAUUACACGAGGGGGGAACUGUGCCUCUGGCAGUGUGUGCAGGAUGGUGUGGCUCUGUUCUAUCCCAGCUGGACCUCAAUGGAAUCUUCUCCUUGACUGCCAGUGGGGGGAAAAGAUCCUACAUAGACUCUUUGUCCUUCAUCAGCUCUCCCAUCUCUGCUGCGGUGUGUGAAUUAUCUGAGACUUAUUUUAAGGAACGCUAUGGAUCGGGUGGGUUCAGGAAACGAAAGCAUGACAAUUUUCCACAUGGUCAAAGAAGAGAAGAAAAAGAGAAUGUUAAUCCACCUUCAGCUUUGAUGACGUCCUUUAAAUCAUUCCAGCUGGAGCUUGACACCAGGCAUGAUAAAUACGAACGGCUCGUGAAGCUCAGUCGGGAUAUAACGAUCGAAAGCAAAAGAACGAUAUUUCUGCUCCACAGGUUCAUCAGUGCUCCCAAUGGGGAAGAAAUAUUAAAUGAAUCUGAAGUCAAGCUAGAUGCUGUCCGUCGGAAGAUCAAGCAGGUUGCACAAGAACUGAUUGGAGAAGACAUGUAUCAGUUCCACAGAGCUGUAUCUCCAGGACUUCAAGAAUAUGUUGAGGCAGUUUCGUUUCAGUAUUUUAUCAAAACACGAUCUUUGAUCAGUGUUGAAGAGAUCAACAAACAACUAAUAUUUACAGCAGAAGACAGAGAAGAAACAACAAACAUGACCUCCAAUUCCCAUGAUAAGCAGCCCCAUACAUGGAGCCUGAGGGUGACACCAGUGGAUUACCUGCUGGGAGUGGCUGAUCUGACGGGAGAGCUGAUGCGGCUGUGCAUCAGCAGCGUUGGGAACGGGGACAUAGACACACCCUUCGAACUGAGCCAGUUCUUGCGUCAGAUUUACGACGGCUUUACUUUCAUUGGCAACACCGGACCUUACGAAGUCUCCAAGAAGCUCUAUACCUUGAAACAGAGUCUGGCAAAAGUAGAGAAUGCCUGCUACACGUUAAAAGUCCGGGGGUCUGAAAUCCCAAAGCACAUGUUGGCUGAUGUGUUCUCCACCAAAACGGAAUUGAUUGACCAAGAGGAGGGGCUUCCUUAAGAUCAGGAGGCUCUUGCUACUCAGAAGAGAAGAGGACAUAGAGAAUGCUCUUUAGUUAUGGUUUGAGGGGUUUUGACCCUUCUCAGAGCUUUUUAGGUAGAGACAUUUUUAGUUUUAUCUAUGAGAAAGCUGUUUGCAGUGGUAAUUUGUAACCAAAAAUACUUUCUAUGAUGUGCAAGAGAAAAAAUGUUUGACUUUGGCCUCUUGGUAUGGAAUUUCCUGUAUUGCUUGCUCCAUUGUAUCUUGUUUCAGAAUGACCAACAUUUCCACUGCACUCUAGUCCACUGACUGUCAUUUGUGUGACUCACCUCAAACUGUUGUUGGUACAAGUUUUCUUCAAGCACAGCAGUGGAAAAAAAUGGUUAGGUGCUUUUGUUUAGCAUUAUCCAUUGGUUUCUGCUGACCCAUUUUCAGUGUAUUUGGGUUCUGUACUCAUACCUACAACAAUGCACCUGUGCGAUAAGUGCAUCCCUUGACUUGAAACUGGGGUGGUCUCAACAGUGCCAUGUAAUUCAAGUUUUCUCUGAUUAGUGCUUUAAAGUGUGAAAAUAAGUCAACUUUUUGCCAACUGAUAGUGAAGCUAAUUGCACCAGGUGAAUACUACUGUCGCCCGUUAUUUUGGGUCUCUGUUAAAACUGAGCUCUGUUUGAGCUAACACUGGUACUUGUCAGUUUUGACAUGAACUAGGAAAUCCACAGAAAAUAACUGUGGAAAGUAUUGUUUUACAGUUUUUUGUAAUACAGUUUAAUGCAGAAUCUGACACAUUUCUGUUUGUAGACAAAAGAAAUUGUCAUACAAAGUAUGUAAUUUGGUGUUAGGACAAGCAGUUUUUGGCCAGAAUAAAUGCAUUGUGGUGCUGGAAGUCUGUUCUCCAUUGUUUGUGCUGCCCUGAGGACCUCCAGUGGGACUGAACUGGUAUAAGUGAAAAAGGGCUAGCCAAGCUUUAAAUAUAUGUUAGCAGGAACUAUAUCAUGUGCAUGUUCCUGUGGAAAGGAAAUUGCAAACAGAAGUAAGACAGGCAUUCUGGUUUCCACAUUUAUCUUUGAGGAGGGUAUGUCACUGUUGGCAAAAAAUCAGGGCUUUAUGCUGGUGUCUGAAGUUAUGAAAGUCUGAUAAUGUACAUAAUGCUAAAGGAAAACAGAUAAAACAACAUGAUCUCUAGACUCCAGGAAAUAAGCCUCCCAGCUGCAAUUGAAAAUACUGCAUGUUUUUUAUUUCCACUUCCAUAUGUUGUGAUACUGCCAAUAUUUUUCCCAUGAGCAUGUCCUGAGAAGCUGGAAUCAUCUGAUAUAUGGAUAGGAACGGGUAAAUAUAUUUCUGUCAAAUUUUUCCAUUGUUUCCACAUAAAGCAAUAUGUGGUGGGUUGAACAAGG